AUGAUUCACUUGGAACGCUGGCGGGGGCAACAAGUGGAGGUGCUGGCGAUUCCACAAAUCGUCGGCAACGUUUUCUUUGUGCCUCCACUUGUGCCUCAAUCCUCCAGCCUGGGGCUCCAUCUCCACAUCAUCCACGGCACCGACACCGUAAACGUUCCGCAUUGGCUAUAUUCGGGAGCCAAGGGAAAGACCGCAGAAGAACUUAAGCUUUUAAUACCAUUCUUAAGUUCUGACAAUGAUACGAACUUUCAAGAAUACAUACAGGAAGAUCGUAACAAUAUUCGGUCGAAUGCUUUAAUAUAUGGAAAUUCGUUAUUCGUGACAAACGCUGUGAACAUAUUGUCAGCUUACGAGCAAAAGAUUCGAAAGAUAUUCAAUACUGAGGUUGUAAAAGUGAACUUAGGAGACUCUUCUCAAGCAGUUUCCGAAAUCAAUGAGUGGGUAGCAAAGCAAACGGAUAUCAAUAUUCGCGAAAUAAUUGAGGGAGCUAGCGAAGAUGUAAAAGUUAUGCUUAAAAGUGAGUUACUUUUUGCCGACCUGGCUGUGCGAAAAAUUCAUGCAAUUUUUGAGAGCAGUUCUAUGAUGGAAAUUAACCUGAAGUUGCCCAAGCUCAAGUUCGAAUAUAAUGCAAAUCUCAAAAGAAUGCUACAAAGCGUUGGCAUUAAUGAACUUGAGUCAGCUAAUUUAAAAUCUAUGAGUGACUUUGGAUCACUCCUAUAUUUCAAUGUUAACCAUUCAUUCGUAUUCUAUAUAAAAGACAACAAGAGAAUUUAUUUCGCUGGAAACGUUUACAAUCCCUUUUAAGGG